AAAGUAUUGUUAUUUUUUGUAAUUUAAUACUUAAGUAUGCUACUUUAUGUAUUUUUUCCUACUUUAAAUGGUAUUAGAGUCGGGCCCAUCCCGAUUUGGGCUUCCGAUUGGCGCUCCAGUUGGUAGUGGCACAACCAAGAUUUUCAUUGAGGGAGUUCAAAAGUAUAUAUACGAAUUAAUCGAAGGGGGUUCAAUAUCUACUAUAUAUACAUAAAAAAUAUUUUAAACCAUGUAAAAAUAGUAUAGAAACGGUAGAAUUUUCCGUCGAAGGGGGUUCGAGCAAACGUGGCUCCGCCACUGCUAGUUGGCAUGAGCGUGAAGGGGGUGUUAGAAUUCCACAUUGAUUGGAGAAUGGACUAAUGUUUGCUAGUAUUGCGUGAAGGGGGUGUUAGAAUCCCACAUUGAUCGGAGAAUGGACGGAUGGUUUGCUUGUAAAGACUUAGGCAAUCUUCUCCUCGCGCGCCAAUUUGCUUAUAUUACGGGGGAUGCUUUGGGCACCAUGCUUCCUAUUGAGGUGGUUCUUGUUUUCAUGUCGUCAGGGUCGUUGCUACAUUGACUCAAGGGUGGUCACUCGAACACUCUUCAUCGAAAAACUAUAUUGUUCAUAUUGAAAUAACACUAUGUACACAGGUUGAAAACAACUUUUAAAAGAUACAUACUAACAUUUUGAACACUCUUAGCAAAAUUUCUAGCUUCGCCACUGCAUGUUGUAAUAGAAAUGCCUCUGUUUAGUUGGCAGGUGUUUGUUAAGAUCUGUUUGUUUGGUGAAGGACUCAUGAUGAAUUUCUAAAAUGGGAAAGAGAAGAAAUUGGUUUGUCUUUGUCAAGAGAUUUUUCAUUUCUGAGAUAGAACCAACAGUUGAUCAAAAGAAAGCAAAGAGAUGGAAAUGUUGCCUGUUUAGAAGGUUCAAGUUGAGGAAAUGUCCUGCCAUAACAUCGGCACCUGAGCAAACGUUAUCUGAGGCGAAAGAACAGCAACGGAAGCACGCUUUUGCAGUUGCUAUAGCAACAGCAGCAGCUGCUGAGGCUGCUGUAGCUGCUGCAAAUGCUGCUGCUGAUGUUAUCCGUCUAACGAAUGCUCCACAUGAAUUCAAAAGGAAACGUAAACAAGCUGCCAUUAGAAUCCAAAGCGCUUAUCGAUCUCACCUGGCCAGGAAAGCAUUAAGUGCUCUAAAGGGUCUUGUGAAGCUUCAAGCAGUGAUUAGAGGUGAAAUUGUGAGAAAAAGACUCAUUGCCGAAUUGAAGUACAUGUUGCCUCUUCAUCAAAAGUCAAAAACAAGAGUUUAUCAAAUUAAACUCCCUACUUCUGAAGAUUAUCAUGACAAUAAUGACAAGAAACACAUUAAUAGUCCAAGGGAAAUUAUGAAAUCCAAAGAACUAAAGCUUAAAUGCAAGAGCCUUAGGACUUGGAAUAUCAACUUGGCUUCAGACAGUGAAGCCUUGUCGUCAAAAAGAGAAGAACUCAUUGACAGAAGAGAGCAUUUGAUGAGAUACUCAUUUUCACAUCGGGAGAGAAGAAAUGAACAAACUCUACGAGAUGUAUUAACCAGCAAGCAAAACAGAAGAAGCUGCAGGUUUGAUCAAUUGGCAGAACUCGAGGUACCAAGAAAAGCAGGAUUGUUUGAGAAGUUGAGAUCAUUUGCAGACUCAAAUGUUCAUCUAGAUAACAUGAAUCAGAUGGCACAACUUAAAGUGAGAAAAACGCACAGAGCAGAUUGCAUUGAGGACCUACAUUCUCCUUCUUCACUUCCAAGAAGAUCAUUUUCUAAUGUAAAACGAAAAUCGCAUACUGGUGUUAACUCUUUACCAAGUUCUCCUAUAUUUCCUACUUACAUGGCUGCUACAGAAUCUGCGAAGGCAAAAACAAGCUCGAUGAGCAUACCAAGGCAACACUUAAGGUUACGCGAGACUUUGUCUGGACAACAUUCUCCUUAUAACCUCAAGAUUUCUUCUUGGAGAUCAUCUAAUGGUGAAAUGUACGACAGUCCCAGAAUGAGCAGAACCACUAGCAGAUAACUCAACUAAACUAUUUCACUAACUUCCUACUAGCACAAGUACCGCGUAAGUCCACCAAAGAUGAGUGUUGUGUCGUUCAUUAUUGACUUAUUUAUGGAGUACUUCCAGCAAAGGAAAGCAGAAACUCAGAGAUCUGCAGCACUACUUCUGGAUAUGGAAACAAUUUUGAAAAAUGGAGCUAGUGCCCAUCUUUGAUUACUGGUUUCAACAUUUCCAUAGACUUACCACAAU